UUCCAAAAACCUAUUUUGGUAUGAUGUUUAGAAAAUCUACCCAGGUAUAUCAAUUAUUUUUAAAGUUAUCAAUAUUUUUGGCAGUGCAAUCACGGCUAAUAAUGAUCAAGAUCUUUUUUGUUCAGUCUGAAUUAUCGAUACAAACGUGAAAGAAUAGCUCCCCUCCCCCCGUCGUCAUAAAGUGGUACAGUCCCGUCUGCUAGCUAGUUCAGUCCGCUAGGAGUCCUCCUCCAGCCGAGUCAGUCGACAAAGGGGAGGGAAAAACAUGCUAACAAACUGCUCCUGACCGUCAAAAGGGACUAAAAACAAUGAACUUGUAUCUUUUGGCUCUUUUGGUGGCAGCUUUGGCUUGCGCGUGUGACGGCGUGCACGUCACGGUGCGUGAGAAGCAGCAGUUCGCCAUGCUCUUCCAGUCGGUGGUCCUCCCGUGUCAGUACCAGACGGCCUCCACCCAGACCCCGGUGGUGCAGUGGUGGUACAAGUCCUACUGCAGGGACCGCACCUGGGAGUCCUUCGGCUUGCCGCAGACCUUCAGUGUCCGGACCUUGGCGCUGGGCGCCAACUCCCAGAUGGACUGCUCGGACAGCAGCCGCACGGUCCGGGUGGUGGCUUCCGCGCAAGGAGCCUCCCUGACGCUGGCGGAGCACUACAAGAACAGAGACAUCACCAUCAUAAACAAAGCAGACCUGCGCAUCGGGGAGCUGCAGUGGGGCGACAGCGGGGUAUAUUACUGCAAGGUAGUCAUCGCAGACGACCUGGAGGGCAAGAACGAGGCCCAGCUGGAGUUGCUGGUGCUAGGCAGGACAACUCAGAAGGACGAUAUUCUGCCUGAGUUUGAUGUGGAGAUCAUGCCAGAGUGGGUGUUUGUCGGCUGUGUGGCCGUGGGCAGCUUCUUGUUUCUGGUACUGUUGGGCAUCUGCUGGUGCCAGUGUUGCCCUCACUCCUGCUGCUGCUAUGUGCGAUGCUGCUGCUGCCCCGAGACCUGCUGCUGCCCGCAACACUUAUACGAGGCAGGGAAGAAGGCCAAGACUGCAUCGCCCGCUCCGGUCCCCGUGUACCCCUAUUACAUUCCUGGAGUUUCCAGCGUGAUGCCUCUUGCCCCUUCAUCACACUUGGACUCAAAGGCGGUCUCUGUCCCCUCUGUGGAAAGUAACCUUGCUGGAGCCAGUAGCCUAUCAGAGCUCAGCUCUCUCCACGAGGGAGGAACCGCAGAUUUCAGACACACCUACCAGGCCGUCCAGAUGAAGGCCUUGCCUCCCAUCGUCGACACCGACGACCAGUCGAUGCUGACGCCCACCCACAGUCGCAGACAGAGACUCCGGGAACGUGGCAACCAUUCAGACGAUGAGCUGGACAGAAGGUGGAAUGCUCGCUCAGAGCACCUCCAGAGACAGACUCUGAGCAAAAGGGGUCACACUGGCUCGCUGGACGAGCUGGAGGAAUUCGCCCGCUCAUACGGUUCCCGCAGACGCCGCCUCGAGCCGCCAGAGGUUCGUGAUUAUAGCCCUCUGAGGCGUUUCUAUAGAGACGAGGACGACAGCUGGUCUCGUCGCAGCCCCUUGCCCUUGCCGCCGCAGAAGAGAAGGGGUACGUGGGACAGCGAGCUCGCCGCCCGACCUUCCCGACCCCGAGAUUACGACAACGCCUUCCUCAACCAUGCACUGGAGAGAAAAGCGCCAGGGUCCGGCAGGGACAGGGGCAGGACGGAUGAGGACAGUGACACCCCCUCCAAAGGGAGCUCCAGGGGCAAGGGCAGCAGCUACUACAGCUGCUCACUGAGCAACCGUCCCGAAGACGAGGACCCUUUGCCUCCCUACUCUGAGAGGGAAGCAGAGCGGUACCGCAGGGCCGGCCCUACCCUGGACUGGUACCGCACUGGAGAAUCUGUUAGAACAGAGCGGUACGAUACCUUAGAGCCUGGCUUGAGGCCUUUCUCGUACACGCGACCUCAGCAGGGGAUGGCCCCCAUGCUGCAGGGCGGCAGAGAGGAGGCAGACAGGAGACGCAAACUGAGCACAGCACUGAGCAGGGAUUCUCUGCUAGUGUGACGAGCUGCGCUACCACUGGGUCGUUUUGCUUCACACCGUCCUCAACCGCCACACCGCCCCCUUAACUGCACUACAAACUUUUCAGAGUAUUACUGCAAUCAUGCACGAGCUGUACAGUUUGUGUUGGCCCCACUUGGAUGACUUGAGAGAAUGAAAGGACUUUUGCCAGUGCCGAGAGGUUUGCCUACUGUCUGCCGCCUCACUUGUGUUAUAGUCUUAUUAUCACGACAAUGCAUCUCAGGUUCAUUUUAUUUGCUUUUGUAAAUAUGCAGUACUGUAUCUUUCCAUGUGACAUCACUGAAGCUUAAAUGUUGUUUUGCUGAAUUUAUUUGUACUCUUUAAAUUAAAAAAAUGAACCAGAAAGUUUUCCAGUUUAUAUUUUCAUGAUCUACGUGGAGUGGUGUAGGUAAUACUGUAUGUACUCUUAUUAAUUGUAUAAGCUCACAAAGGAAAGUACUGUUGGUUGGUUUGGCAGAAUCAGUAUCAAUUAUAUUGUUUUUUUGGCAAAAUGAAAAAGACAUUAAUAUCUUGGUAUAUAUUUUAUGUAGAA